ACCCGGGGCACCGUCGUCUCCCUCCCCGGCGAUCGCCGCCGCUUCCUGGGACAGACACGCCCGCCCGUCGUCGGCUCCCCGCGGGUGACCGAGGCCAGAACCCUCGCCGGUUGUGUCGCGGAGGCCAGUGGCCACCACUGAGUUGAAACAAAAUGUCAGUCAGUGUUCAUGAGAACCGCAAGUCCAGGGCCAGCAGUGGCUCCAUCAACAUCUACCUGUUCCACAAGUCCUCCUAUGCGGACAGUGUCCUCACUCACUUGAACCUUCUGCGUCAGCAGCGGCUCUUCACAGAUGUCCUUCUCCAUGCGGGAAACAGGACCUUCCCCUGCCACCGGGCGGUGCUGGCCGCGUGCAGCCGCUACUUCGAAGCCAUGUUCAGUGGUGGCCUGAAAGAGAGCCAGGACAGUGAGGUCAACUUCGACAAUUCCAUCCACCCAGAAGUCUUAGAGCUGCUUCUCGACUAUGCGUAUUCCUCCCGGGUCAUCAUCAACGAAGAAAAUGCCGAGUCGCUCCUGGAGGCCGGUGACAUGCUGGAGUUCCAGGACAUCAGAGAUGCGUGUGCAGAAUUUCUGGAGAAGAACCUGCAUCCCACCAACUGCCUGGGUAUGCUGCUGCUGUCUGAUGCCCACCAGUGUACCAAGCUGUAUGAACUCUCCUGGAGAAUGUGUCUCAGCAACUUCCAGACCAUCCGGAAGAACGAAGACUUCCUCCAGUUGCCCCAGGACAUGGUGGUGCAGCUCCUGUCCAGCGAAGAACUGGAGACGGAAGACGAAAGGCUCGUGUAUGAGUCUGCGAUGAACUGGAUUAGCUACGACCUGAAGAAGCGCUACUGUUACCUCCCGGAACUGUUGCAGACAGUGAGGCUGGCCCUCCUUCCCGCCAUCUAUCUCAUGGAGAACGUGGCAAUGGAGGAGCUCAUCACCAAGCAGAGAAAGAGCAAGGAGAUCGUGGAAGAGGCCAUCCGAUGCAAACUGAAAAUCUUACAGAACGAUGGCGUGGUUACCAGCCUCUGCGCCCGCCCUCGGAAAACCGGCCAUGCCCUCUUCCUCCUGGGAGGGCAGACUUUCAUGUGUGACAAACUGUACUUGGUGGACCAGAAGGCUAAAGAAAUCAUCCCCAAGGCCGACAUUCCCAGCCCGAGGAAAGAGUUCAGUGCGUGUGCGAUUGGCUGCAAAGUGUAUAUCACCGGGGGGCGGGGAUCGGAAAACGGCGUCUCCAAAGACGUCUGGGUUUAUGACACCCUGCAUGAGGAGUGGUCCAAGGCUGCCCCCAUGCUGGUGGCCAGGUUUGGCCACGGGUCGGCUGAACUGAAGCACUGCCUGUAUGUGGUCGGUGGGCACACAGCUGCAACUGGCUGCCUUCCAGCCUCUCCCUCAGUCUCUCUAAAGCAAGUAGAACAUUAUGAUCCCACAACCAACAAAUGGACCAUGGUAGCCCCUCUCCGAGAAGGCGUCAGCAACGCUGCUGUCGUGAGCGCCAAACUCAAGCUGUUUGCUUUCGGAGGUACCAGUGUGAGCCAUGACAAGCUUCCCAAGGUCCAGUGUUACGAUCAGUGUGAGAACAGGUGGACGGUACCGGCCACCUGUCCCCAGCCCUGGCGUUACACAGCGGCAGCUGUGCUGGGGAACCAGAUUUUCAUCAUGGGUGGAGAUACAGAGUUCUCUGCCUGCUCUGCUUACAAAUUCAAUAGUGAGACUUACCAGUGGACCAAGGUGGGAGACGUGACAGCCAAGCGCAUGAGUUGCCAUGCCGUGGCCUCCGGGAACAAGCUUUACGUCGUUGGCGGCUACUUCGGCAUUCAGCGCUGCAAGACUUUGGACUGUUACGAUCCAACUUUAGAUGUGUGGAACAGCAUAACCACAGUCCCGUACUCACUGAUCCCUACCGCGUUCGUCAGCACCUGGAAACACCUGCCUUCCUAAUGCAGAGCAUCCUGAAGAAAGCACGCAUGAGCUCUCUGACGCAUGGUGAGAUGAUAGGAGGGUUCUGCUUUGGAGAAGGCAAGUUGAAUGAAGAGAAAGAAAACCAGGAGAAGCUGCUACAAGACUCCUGGAAUUCCAUCAGCACCUUGUGAACACUCCUAAGUGGACAUGAAGGAGGGGGUGGGGGAGGGUUUUUUUUUUCUCAAUGCAAGUAGCACAUGGUUUAAAUAUGAAUGACUGAACCUGUGAUCUAGUCCUUGUCUGGUAAUUGUGGAUUAAUGUCAGCGUUAAUCAGCCCCUCAAAGGGAGAGAAAAGCUGGGCUUUUCCCUUGCUGUACCUCAUUCAGCAUUUGAUUUCCAUGGCUCCACCAUUUAUGUGCCAGAUUUGAAAUGGUUGUCAGCUUCCUCUGAAGACUGAGCUUGAAGCCUCCAUGCCAGCUGCUACUGGAGCUGCAAAGCCACGCAAGGGUCAGGAGGGAAGCUGGCCUUGCUGACUGAGGAGUGGGAAUCCCAGGACUCUCUGCUCAUCUCGAAGGGGUUUGGGUCCCCAGGAACGUCUGUGAACAAUGGGGACAUUGUUGGUAGCUGUUUGGUAGAUGCUGUUUGCUAUUUAUAAGUGACUUUAAACCUUCUCUUGGCUGUUAAGAAAUGUGUUCUAGAUUUAGCUAUUUAUUGUUUGCGGCCUGCAUACUGAAACAGUGCUUACGUUGUCUUCACGUGUAUGGGCGUGUGUGGAUGGUCGUAUGUUUUGCACAUUUUGUAGUUGUUGAUGUGCUUUGCUGCACACAGGAAAAUAAAUGAAAACUUUGGGGCUAUAAUUUGGAGGAUAAGUAGAGGGCGGGUGGGGGAGGGGGCAUUUUUGAGAUGUCAGGACAGAGACAGAUUCCAAGACAGAAACUUAAAUUCCAUCCCAAAGGCAGAGAAGCCAUGAAGUCACCGAGCCCACACUUUCCUGAGGUCUCAUGGUCACGCUGAUGGCAGGUCUCACAGGAGCUGGGGACAGCCCUGCCCUCCUUUCUCCUCUCUGUCUGAUUUACCUAACUUUGGUCUCGGCUACUGACACUUGGAAAGGACCAAAUUACUUUAGAGUAUUUCCCCCAUUCGUGUAAUAUCCUGAAAGCCUGGGCACUUCCAGAGUGUUCUGUACAUAGGGCAGAGGUGAAGACACUGUCCAAAGCUUAUUUAUUUAUCUAUUUAUUUACCAUAGGUGAAUAAGGACACCGAUGGGGAAAAACCGAAGUGAGGCUGGUGUAAACAAGGUCACCGACCACACUGUUGGCCUGCAGGUGGCUUUCCGACCUUGAUUGAGAAAGGCUCACAGUUCUCCCAGGAAAACAUCCAUUUCGAUACAAUGUCAACUUCAGUGUUCCCCGUCAGAGACAUGUUGAAAGAGCUCUUUGGUAGACAGAAGUGAUGUAUCUGGUCACACAAUGCCAAAGUUUGUAAGCGGUGGCCUGUGGAGAGGUUUUGCGGUCCUGUGGGGAUCAGUUGUGAAUACAUUCUUUGCUCCUCCAAGUGUUUGCUUACUAAGCGUGCAGUGGUAGGUGUUAGUCUGCCCUCCGUGGGCUUCUCCAGUUGUCUGGGGAAGACCAGAGCUUGCAACUCUGCCUGCUUUCAUCCGUAUUUCUCACAGUGCUGUAUUAAAAAAAAAAAAAAAAUAGGAUUUAAGACAGAUACCUACCUUUACAUUGUGAGUGUGUUUGCCUUGUCUAAUGACAGAUAAUUCCUUAACAUUUCUCUCCAGUAGUUCUUUAGGCUAAUUGUACAUGUCUAUCUGUGCCAUGAGGAAGUGGACCGUACGUAGUUGGAUCAAAAUAAAACAAAUGAGCCAUUGGACCGAAAACAUGGCAGACUGUCCCGGCAGGCAGUUUCUGGUCCCUAGAUGUAUUCUAAGUGUCUGAUUGUACCCUGGUGGCAUGGUCAGUGUCGUGUAGCUGCCCCAACUCCAUAGUUUAGGAUGCAAAUCUGUCUCAAGAUGUGCGCGUCACUGCUGCUGCUGAGAGCAGGGAGGAUUUUCUGCAGCUGUUUCAAAGUUGUGGCCUGCCCUUGAGUCCUCUAUUAAUUACUGUGUGAGCCAGAGGGAGCUGGGCCACAAGGGUGGGCCCCCGCCAGCAGGGGGACUUUCUGGACUCCCGCUCUUCCAAUUGAUGUAGGCAUUUGGGCUUGCUGCUUGACCAUUCUCACCCUGUGAAACGCCCCACACUUUGAAGCAAAUACAAUUCCCAGCACAGCGCACACAAAAACCCAGCCUAAGACAGGGGAGGGGCUCCUCAUUUUGUGAGCUGGUUGCCGUAGAAACGGAUAACAAAGGGCAGCCUUCCACUUGUGGUAUAAUGGUGGAGCCUCUUUUCUCAGGCUUGACACCUGUCUGAGGAAGAGUGAUUAGAGCCGCAUAAUGCCCCUCUCUUGGCUAUUGAGUGUGUGGUUCACUACCAAACCCGGUAGAAGUUAGAAAACGUUCGUGCUCGUAUGCUCUUGUUUGCUACUACUACAUUUUUGAGGUUUUGUAAAACUGUUAUUUUUUUUUCACGAUGUGAAACUGAAGGUCAAUAAAUUAUUAGAGAUUUUCUCUUCA